CAAUAAAGAGCUUGGUACUCCAAGCGUUUUUAAUACUUUGCAAUUGUAAUUUGCAGACAAUUUUUUAUUUUCUUUGUUUAUUGCAUGUUUUUGUCAUUAAUUAUUUGAACACACUUUAUCAAAAUGAGUCGUGAAGUAGUAAAGAAAUGCACUAAGUGUGAACAACAGAUUCCUGUUGCUUGCAAAUUAUGUCCACUGUGUAAAUGUUAUGUAACUCCAGCAAAAUCUGUCAAAACUCCAAAAGGUACAUCUGAUAUCAAAGUGGUGAAGAAAUGCUCUGAAUGUGGAGAAGAGAUUCCAGUCGCUUGCAAAUUGUGUCCACUGUGUAAAUGUCAAGUUGCUCCAGCAAAAACUGUCAAAGAUGAUGAUGCAGAGAUACGAAGGACAGAGAGAAUCAACAGAGAAAGACCGGACUUCUUCAAUGCCAUGAAAAUUGAUAACCAGUUCAAAAAGAAGAGGAAAAGGAAAGCAAGAUCAACUAGUUCAUCAAGUGAUGGUAGUUUUAGUUCAGAUUAUGCUCCAAAGAGAAGGAGAGGACGACCAAGGAAAGUGACCAAUACUUGUGCAAUAUAUCUAAACCCUUCAGAUGACGAGAAGACAGAAAUGGAUGUCCAUCAGCUUGUAUAUGAACAGACAGUGGUCAUGAAGGAUUGUAUUAAGACAUUGAAAGCUUUAACACAGUCUGUUAAUGAUCUGAAGGAUAGUAUUGACGAGUUAAAUGAGAAACAAUAAUUGGUGGGCAUUGUAAAAUUUUUACAUAGAGGAUCUUACUUGUGACUCUUUUCAUGUUGAAAUUUUUAAUAAUUUGAAUUGUUACAGGGGGAGGAAAAUAUGCAGCCUGACUGGGACUUGAACCUGGAAAGUGAACAAUUUUGACCGGUGACAUACUCCCCCUGCUAUAUUGAAAUUUGUUUUUGAAUUUCUUAAGAGUAACAAACUUGCGCUAAUUGAACUUAGAGAUUUAUGCAGUUAUUGCCCCACGUCAGGUGCCAAAUGUUACAGGGCGAGAAAAAUGUGCAGCCUGAUUGGGACUUGAACCUUGGACCCUUUGAAUACCGUUUUGCGGCUUUACAGACUGAGCUUUUUGCCCGCUUCCAUAUUUUUUUAUUAAAUAGUGAACAGUUUUGAACUGUGACAAUAAAAAAAGUGAAAAAUAUGAGCUUGUGCGUUUUUUUAGCAUUUUAAAUGCACUAUGUUUAACCAUUUACAAAAAUAAUGGUUUUGGCAUUUUUUUUUAAAGGCCAGUUUAGACAAUUUUUUUAUUAUUUUGAUUAUUUCUUACAAGCUUGGUAUUAUUGUUGUCCUGCUACUGCUUUUUGUUACUGUUACUUAUUUGCUCCAAUCUUUUGCUUUUUGGCAAUUAGUUCAUCAAUAGGGAUUUAGAAUUUUGUAUGGAAGUCCAAAUAUGCUUUGUACAAAGUUUGCUACCUUUACUGAAUAUGUAUUAAUUGUAUUUCAAAGAGUUGGAGAUGGAAAUUUAGAGUUAUUAAGAAAAGACAAAUGUAAAUGGCAGCUCUCAGCUUGACUGGAUUUGUUUCAAAUUUAGAAUGUUGUUUUUAAACACUUUUAUAUUGUAUUUAAUGUUGUUAUUAAGAUAUGUUAUUGGUUGCUUUUGCUUUGCUUGUAGAAUUGUCAAUCAAUUGAAACUGAGUACAUUAAAUGAGCCACGUCACGACAAAACCAACAUAGUGCGUUUGGGACCAGCAUGGAUCAGGAUACAUGCUGUUCGCUUACCAACCCUAUUACAAGUAGAAAAACUGAUAACGAACAGCAUGGAUCCUGAUCAGACUGCGCGGAUGCGCAGGCUAGUCUGGAUCCAUGCUGGUCGCAAACGUACUAUGUUGGUUUUGUCGUGACGCGGCUCAAAUUAAGUUACAGUUUACCGUAGAUUGCAUACUGUUAUUGUAAAUAAUGUCUUUCCUAUAUUUGCGGAUCUGUAUAAUUUAAGAGUAUAAUGCAUUGUCUAUUGAAAUAGACUAACAUGCUAAAAAAAUAAAAAUACAUCAAAGAGAUGUCAUGUAGAAUGACCCUGUUAUUUAACAUACAUGCAUAUUGUAUAAACAGAAAAAAAUGUUCUGGGGACAAAUUAUUAUGCUGCUAUUUUAAGUUGGGUUUUAACCAUUUAGAAAUAAUAUUUUGCAUGCAACAUUUUGUAAGCAUAUUUUGUUUUGUAAAAAGUAUUUUGAAAGUUUUGCUUUAUUUUUUCAAAAUUCAAUAAGAAAUUUUUUAUAUAAUUAUGUCAGAUAUAAAGCUUUACACAUAUUAAGACGAACAAUUCAAUCUCAUCAAAUUUGAUCACAUAACAGUUAUAUGUUAAAACUGCUAUUGGAAUUUUAAAGUGUAUAGGUCUACAAUGGGCAUAUUUUCCAUUAGUAUUUUAAAUAUUCAAUAUUGAUAAAAACCACAGCAGAAAUGUAUCACUUUGAUACUCUUAUAAAAUGCUGCUGGAAAAAAUGUUGAUAAAGUUCUAAGUGAUUUAGAAUGACCAUUUGUAUGAUGAAGAA